AUGUCAUGUGAAUGGUUUGAAAGAAUUGGACGACCACGAUACGUGGUAGCACCUAUGGUAGAUGCAAGUGAGCUUGCUUGGAGGUUACUAAGUCGGCGACAUGGUGCCGAUUUGUGUUACACACCUAUGUUACAUAGUGCUAUUUUUGUAAAAGAUGCCAAAUAUCGCAAGGAAAAUUUCACUACAUGUCCUGAAGAUCGCCCUUUAAUUGUUCAGUUUUGUGGAAACAAUCCUGAAACAUUGGCUGCUGCUGCUAAAAUAGUUGAAAAGGAUUGCGAUGCUAUUGAUAUUAACCUUGGUUGCCCGCAGUCCAUUGCCAAACGUGGAAGAUAUGGAGCAUUUCUUCAAGAAGACUGGGAUUUGUUGAGAGACAUUGUUUCUACAAUGUCUAAGGCAGUUUCAGUACCAAUAACAUGUAAAAUAAGAAUUCUUGAAACCAUAGAAAGGUCAAUAAACUAUGCAUUAAUGUUACAAGAAUCAGGAUGUAAAUUACUUACCUUACAUGGAAGGACAAGAGACCAAAAGGGACCACUGACAGGUGUUGCCAAUUGGGAUUAUAUCAAAGCUGUUAGAAAUGCUAUGUCCAUUCCGAUGUUUGCAAAUGGUAAUAUUCAAUGCUUAGAAGAUGUAUUCAGAUGUAUAGAAAAUACUAAAGUUGAUGGUGUAAUGAGUGCCGAAGGAAAUCUUACUAACCCUGCAAUAUUCAAAGGUAUAAAUCCAGUUUCAUGGGAUAUAGCUCUGGAAUACCUUGAUUUAGUUGAGAAAUAUCCAUGCCCCACAUCUUUUAUAAGAGGCCAUUUAUUUAAAAUAUUUCACAAAAUAUUUUCAUAUCCAGAGAACAAUACUGAAAGAGAAAUUCUUGCUACUGCUCAAAAUCUGGAUGAUUUUAAAACUGUGUCUCAGAUGCUUAAGGACAAAUAUCUACCAUACCACCUGGGUGAACUUGUAUUUAGUAACAAUGAAAAUCUAACUAGACAAGGUUUUAAUUUGAUAUUACCCCCAUGGGUUUGUCAACCAUAUGUCCGCAUGUCUCCAGAAGCUCACACAGAAAAGAUGGACAAUAUAAACAAAAAACAGAACAAUAACAGUGAAAGCAAGCGAAGUCUUGAAGAUCUAGAAGGCAAUCCUAUUUCGAGAAAGAAAAUGAAAAAAUUGAUGAAAAGUAUGAGAAAACCAAAUAAAGCAAACUCUGAAAAACAGCCCCCUAGAACUGGAUAUAUAUGUUCCAAUAAAUUAUGUCCAAAUCCUCUUGGAGGAAAAUGCAGCUAUCAAUUUUGUAAAAAGUGUUGCCGUAACAAAUGCUAUGAGGAUGAUCUUGAUUGUAAAGGCCAUGGAAUACUAGUCCACACAAGGAGAGAAACUGCAAAAAAGUUUGCAUCUGAGAAUUCUAUAGGUUAA